AUGUCGGCAAGAAAUCGAGGGCCACCAGUCCCGUCCAAAGGGGUUCCACACGGCGGCAUGUCCCAGCCUCCGGUCCACGAACCACCCUUUCCCAGAGGCCUUCGAGGAGUUUCUCAUAUGCAGUUACAUGACGAGAUAAGGGAAGCUCAUUAUAAUCUGUCCGGGCCCAGACAACCUCUUCCUCCUCACCCUGCAAUCAUCGAGGAGCGUUUGGCAGCUCAACAUGAUGAUAUCCAAACUCUGUUGGCUGAUAACCAGAGAUUGGCAGCAACUCAUGUGGCUCUCAGGCAGGAAUUGGAGGUGGCACAGCAUGAACUUCAGCGAGCGGACAAGUAUGCCCACACACUGCAUGCCGAGAAGGACUUAGAAAUGAGGGAUAUUUAUGAGAAGUCCAUAAAAUUGGAAAAUGAGCUUCAUGGCGUAAAUGCUAUGAGGUCGGAACUUAUGCAGGUGCACAUGCACAUUAAGGAGUUGACUGGCGCUAGACAGGAGCUUACCGCACAGGUCCAAAUGAUGACUCAAGAUUUGGGUAGAGUUACUUCGGAUUUGAAACAGGUACCGGCAGUUAAGGCGGAAAUCGAAGGUUUGAAAAAUGAGCUUGAGCGAGCUAGGUCUGCUCUUGAGCAUGAGAAGAAGAGCUUCGCUGAGAGCUUUGAGCAUGGUAAGGUGAUGGAGAGUAACUUAGUCACGAUGGCACGAGAGAUGGAGAAACUUAGAGCUGAAUUGGCUAGCGUGGAAAAAAGAGCUGCUGCUGCUGCUGCUGCUGCUGCAGCUACUGCUGCUGGGAAUCCAGGUCUGAGUUAUAAUCCUAACUAUGGCAAACCUGAAUCCUCGUACCCGGGAUAUCCUGCAAAUCCUUAUCCUGCCGGUUAUGGCAUGCCGCCUGCAAACACAAUGCACCCUGCGCCUGCUGGUGUAGAAGGUUAUCAUCCCCAGUAUGGAUCUGCGCCCGUUGCUUGGGGGCCUUAUGAUACACAGAGGGCUCAAGGUCCCAGAUAG